AUGGCAUCUUCGUCAUCAAUCAAAUCACGCCACGUGGCUGUAAUCGGAGCUGGAGCCGCCGGACUAGUGGCGGCGAGAGAGCUUCGACGAGAAGGUCACUCCGUCGUCGUUUUCGAGAGGCAGAAACAGGUCGGAGGAACCUGGAUCUACACCGAUCACGUCGAGUCCGAUCAGUUAAGCGUCGACCCGACCCGAAUCGUCGUUCACUCGAGCGUGUAUGGCUCUCUCCGAACUAACCUUCCUCGAGAAUGUAUGGGAUUCAGAGACUUCCCAUUCGCGAUCCGAUCCGAAUCAAUUGAUCCGAGAAGGUUUCCGAGUCACCCUGAAGUUCUAGCGUAUCUGCAGGAUUUCGCUAAGGAGUUUGGCAUCGAGAAGCUGAUCCGGUUCGAGACGACGGUCGUGCGCGUUUCUCCGGCGGCGGAAAGCGACGGCGGAGAAGGAAUCGGAAAAUGGAGAAUCGAAUCUACAGAGAAGGAGAAGAAAAUUCAUCGCGAUGAGAUUUACGAUGCAGUUGUUGUUUGUAAUGGACAUUACAUUGAACCUCGUCUCGCUGAAAUUCCUGGGAUAAGUUGUUGGCCAGGGAAGGAGAUGCAUAGCCAUAACUAUCGUCUUCCUUCACCAUUCAAAGAUCAGGUUGUUGUGGUUAUUGGAAGCUCUGCGAGUGCUGUUGACAUAAGCAGAGACAUUUCCGGGUUUGCCAAAGAGGUUCAUGUGGCUUCUUGGUCAAAUCCAGCUGAUACUUUUAUCAAGCAGAACGGUUACACUAACAUAUGGAUGCAUUCAAUGAUUGAGCGUGUCCAUGAGGAUGGUUCUGCGGUUUUUCAGAACGGGAAAACGGUUUUGGGUGAUGUUAUAAUGCAUUGCACUGGUUAUAAGUAUCAUUUUCCGUUUCUUGAAACCAAUGGAGAAGUUACUGUUGAUGAUAACUGUGUUGGACCAUUGUACAAACAUGUCUUUCCUCCAGCAUUAGCACCGUCGCUCUCCUUCGUCGGGAUACCAUAUAGGGUUUUACCAUUUCCUAUGUUUGAGCUGCAAAGCAAGUGGAUCUCGGGUAUUUUGUCGGGUCGGGAAACCAAAACCAUGAAGGCCACAUUUGAAGGCUUGGGGAUUCCUAAGCGAUUUACGCACUGUUUGGGGAUUGACCAAUUUGAGUACUAUGAUUGGUUGGGUUCACAAAUUGGGUGCUCAGGAACAGAGGAAUGGAGGAAAGAGAUGAGUUUGCCUAUUUUCUUGAGGAAGAUGAAACAUCCGGAGAGUUAUAGAGACGAAUGGGAAGAUCAUCACUUGGUUUCUCAACCUUACCAAGAAUUCUCUUUCUUAUCAGGUAAUGCUUUGGAAUUGAACACUUUCAUAGCCUCAAAGCUCCUAGUUCGUGUACAGCUAGCUCAUCAGCCUUUUGAGAGCUUCAAACCUGAAUCACGACCAAUUCAAAUGGUUAGCAUCUCUAAUUGUUCCAAGACUUGCAAGUUGCAACUCCUCCACAGUGCUGUGAUGUAA